CUCCGGCUCUGUGCGGAGGAUUUGGGAGAUUUGAGCUGGAGCAGAGCCAGGAUUAAUUUGGCUUAUUUGGAUAUUAGCUGGAAUAUUAAUUGGUUUUCAGGGUUGAAGUCUCCGGGGCACAAACACCCAUCAGCCCCAAAUUAAAGCGCUAAUGAGCUGGAAUAAGGUGCGAGGGGAAACUGAGGCACAGACUGGAGCCAACCCUCGCCCCACGAUCCCCCCGGGGCCUCCAUCGCCCUCCCCGGGGCUUUUCCGAGUUCAUUUCGAAGCCGUCGCUCUCGCCCAUUUCCUGCUUUGGAGGUUUCGCUCUUCGCUCAAACCCCGAAGGGGAAAUUCCCUCCCCCAAAUUUGCUGCUGCUCGAAUUUCGGGCGCCGCCACUCUCAGCUCGACAUCACCGCUGCCAGCGGCAGGGCCAGCACGGUCCUCAGCAGGGUGAUUCCCGCCCCCCUGCCCUGCCCAGGUGCGAUGGACAUGCAGCAGGUGCUCCUGCAGCUCUGGGGGGAGGUGGCCAGGCUGCAGCAGCUGUGCUCGGAGCAGGCGAGGCUCCUCCGGAGCCUGAGGGCCAGGAAGGGGCCGGUCCUGGACAUCCCGGUGUCGCUGCCCGUGCAGUGCACGGAGGAUGUGCCAGGGGACGGGCAGAGGUCACCCGAGAGCCGCCAGAAGCACCCGGGGGCCCUGACACCCCCCACAUCCCCCCCGGAGGGCUCUGCUUGUCCCGUGGGGCAGCCCCGGGACACCAAGCGGCUCCUGCCCAGCCCUGGGAGCGGCGCUGGCGCCCGAGGAGCCGCAGCUUUGGGCAGCGCCGAGCGGGAUGAGCCCACCCGGAGGAGCCGCUGGAUCCUCCCGGUGCCCUGGGGAGGACGGAGAGCCCCCGGCAGCCCCGGGGAGCCGGAGACACCCAGCCCGGGGGCUGGGGGCUCCUCCCCAAACCCCCUGGAUCUCCUGGAAGUCCCGGAGAAGGAAGAUGCUGGCGGGGACGUGGCUCUGGUGGAGAUCCGAGGGCCUGUGAAGAGCUGCUGGAGCCCGGGCUGGGCGCUGGAGGAGGGGGCGCAGGGGGCUGACCCCGCCUGUGACCUGUGCCGGGAGAUUCUCCCCGCGGGGCCGGCAGCGCACACGGAAUAUCCGAGCCACGUCCUGGCCCAGCUGGAGUAGGGCUCGUCCUCCCGACGGGAGAUCCACGGAUUUGCACCUGAGCCGCGGGACAGGCUCUGCACAUUCCCAAAUCGGACUCGGUGCCCUCUCCCAGCCCCGGCGCUCUGUGGCUGGUGAGGAUUUUUGGGAUCCUGCUGCUGCCUUGGACUGGGUUUCCACCUUCCCCAUCCUUCCCCAGAGCUCUCAGAUUUGCAUCACGGGUGUGUUCUGGGUUAUUGAUCUCCGUGGGUAUCGAUGAUAUCCUGGAGGUGUGAGGGGGAGCUGCAGCUCCUGGAAAAGGGAAUUCCUCAGAAUUUGCCUUUGAGUGGAAAUGAGUCUUCCAUAAAUAGUUAAGGAUGUUUGGGAAGACACACGGGCGCUUUCUGGGAGUUUGGAAGGUUGAGUGGAGAAUCUCAAGGCUUUUAAGGUCACUAAGAAUUAUUUUAAUUCAUUAACAGUAAUUUGAGUGUUUUACAGCACUUCCAUCAGUGGUAUCCAAUGUGUUUCCCAAAGGAAUUGGCUGCAGCAGUGCGGAAAUGAGGCACAAAUUAUGGAUCAGCUCCAAAUCAAAUCCCUCUUUUCUGCUGGAAAAAUCUCAUCUCAGGUUUUUCUAUUUUGCAAGUUUCUCCCAGAGUGGAUUUGACAUCUCCUGCUUGAGGAAACUUGUGUUAAAAUGGAGAGCCAGGUUCUCCUGAAAUUCCAGGGAUCAGGAAGAUUUGGGAUCUCCAGCUCCAGCACAGAGAAAUCAGGAGCCACAUUAAUGGAUUUACUGGUGACAAACUUCUGUGUGUCCCCAGGGUCCCUGGAACCAUUUUCCAAGACAAAUCCCACAGCUUUGACCUUGGACUCUCCAUCCACGUGGGUAUUGGAGCUGCUUCCAGCCCUGGGUAGAACUGGGGCCUUUAUUUCACUGAAAAUGGGAUUUUCUUGGGAUUUUCUCCGGGAUUUUCUUGGGAUUUUCUCCGGGAUUUUCUUGGGAUUUUCUCCAGGAUUUUCUUGGGAUUUUCUCCAGGAUUGUUUUGGGAUUUUCUCUGGAUUUUCUUGGGAUUUUCUCCAGGUUUUAUUGGGAUUUUCUCCAAGUUUUCUCCACAUCACAAUGAACUUUCCCACCACCCUCUUCUGCUCCAAGAUUCGUCCUGUGGCUCCUCAGAUUUUUUUGGAUUAUUUGAUCGGGUUUUAUGCUCUUGUUAAGGGACAGACCCUCAUUUCCCAGGUGAAUCCCUGGAAGCUGGAACAAGGAUUCCAUCCAUUUAUUCCCAUUGAUUUGGAAUAACCAACUGGAUUUUUGCAUCCCAUUAUUCCAACCAAAUGGGUGGAAGGAGGAACCCAGCCGGGCUCUCCUCGCCCUGGAAAAGGAAUUCCCAAAGCAGGAGCACGGAUUUGUCAGGAGCCAAAGCUCCUGGUGUGGCUCUGCAGUGCCCAAAAUGCCGUGGGAACCCCCCUGGCAGCAUUUGGGGGGAGCCACGAGGGGAUUUUGUGCUGAUCCUCCCUCAGGACAGCAAUGGAAGCUCUCGAGGACAUUUUUAUCUGGGGGGGAAUUAAUCCCCCUUCCAGCUGGGACACGGAGCCUUUUUGGCUCCAGCCUUUUGCAGGGCAGGAACGUGGCUCUGUCUCCAAAAUAACUUUAAUUGCAGGGUGC